AUGGUUAUCCGUCGGGCCUAUGAUAAAUCUAAUUCGUCGCAGCCAUCCCUAACCUCAACGAUGAACGACGCAGACCGUGACCAAGCAAAACGACGAAAGUACUCGAAUGGUAACCUGCCACCUUCCGCUAGCAGCUCUAGCCAGCUGACACAACCGAUGGUCGAGACGCACAAUGUGUAUGAAUCCCUAGCCUGCAUGGACGAGGACAGCGCCGGACCGAACAACGCACACACGCAGCAGAAAACAGUAUCUAACAGAGCAAAGGGAAACAGACUACCUCCGAUUUCUAUUAUCAACAAAGGUACCAAACACAUUCGGGAAUUAUUCAACUUGGCGAAUAUUCCACAAAGCAGCUACCACAUGAAAGCGGUAAAGUCUGGCACCCAGCUUACGGUGAAUGCAGAAAACAGUUUCGAUGAUGUCAUAAAAACUUUGAAAGAUUCUAACACGGAAUUUUUUCAGCUGAAAGCAGAGCUUAAUUCGUUUGACAUUCAACCGCUGGAAUUGAAGAUCUUCUCACAGAAGAAGCACGGCCCCGAAGAUAGUGUUCUGUAUCUACUUUACUUCGAAAAAAACACCGUAAAGUUACCUGAGCUGCAACGAGUCAAGGCCCUUUUCAACGUGAUAGUGAAAUGGAGAUAUUUUGUUAGGCGGCCUAAUGACGUGGUGCAGUGCCAUCGCUGCCAAAAAUUUGGGCAUGGGCUGAGAAAUUGUAAUGUCGCCCCACUGUGUGUUAAAUGUGGAGAAAAACACUUCACAAAAGAUUGCAGCCUCCCGAACAAGGCCACUUUGAAGGAAGGUAACGACCGGGAUCGUGUCCGCUGUGCAAACUGUAGUGGCAACCACACGGCUAAUUUCCAUGGAUGCCCAAGUCGCAAAGACUAUAUUAAACAGCUGGAUUUCCAUCGUCAACGAGUGGCUAAAAAGUCGAACAGGUACUCUGGUCCGAUACGUGUAUCUACCGGUGCCACAUCGAAUACUACCCAGGGCAGCAACCGAGUAAACACCGGACGUGCCACCUACGCACAAGUUCUGGAAGGCCCUAGGCCACAGAUCAGUGGACAGUCAACUUCCCAGCUGUUCACCAUUUCUGAAUUUCUAUGCUUGGCGGAAGAAAUGUUCCAGCGUCUGCAAAGUUGCAACAGCAAACAACAGCAAUUUCUAGCUCUCCACGAGCUGGCAAUCAAAUUUGUGUAUAAUGCCUAA